GGGUGUACCCGUACAUCAUAAAUUUGCGUAAAAAUUGAAUUUUCUAAUGUGUAUGGUUUGAAAAGUACUUGAUGUUGAAAUAUAAUUGAAUUAGUCAUCUUCCAACUAUUCCUGAUUAGGAAUUAUUAUCACCAUUGUAUACAUAAUUAGGAAAUCAUAAUUAUGAUUCUAGAUGAUAAUUGAGUGGUUCACAAUUAUCCUUUAAUCCUAAAAUCGAAGCUUAGCUUUUCUCCUAUAAAUAUGAAUCUUCUCCAUUGUAAUUAAUACACCAUUACAACACCAUAACCACUCCUCUAUCUUGCCAUUAAUAUCACUAAGUGUUCAUACUAUACUUUGUCUCUCUGAUCUUCUGCUUAUUUCCUUCCAUUUCAUAAUACUUGGUUAUAUUCUUUACUGAAUGCAUUCAUAGAAUUUACUACAAUCAUGAUCAGUCAUAUUUGACUGAUUCUGUUGAUUCAAGAAAAAAAUAUUUUAAAAAUAUAUUUUAUUAAUAAAAUAAAGAAAAAAUUACAUUUAAAAAUAGCUAAAAUGGUCAUCUACAGUAACUUAAGCCAAUACAGCCACAAAAGUAACUCCAACUUUACUUUUUCUGCUUAUUACACAAUUCAGUGCGCGAACGUAAAAGUUAUGUGUUUGGUGAAGAAGCUGACUGAUAAGCCUGAUAAGCCGAAAAAAGAGGUCUCCAAACGGACUCAUAGAGCCCGUUUGGUAGCACGAAAAUCGGCUGUUUUGGCUGAUUCUGCUGAUAUUUAUGAAGUUCUGGCAGAAGUGGCUGCUUUGGCUGUUUAUGCUGAUUUAAGUUUUAUUAAUAAAAUAAAGAAAAAUUUAUUUGUAAAAAUAGCUAAAAUGGUCAUCUACAGUAAUUUCAGUCAAUACAGCCAGAAAAGUAACUCCAACUUUACUUUUUUUGCUUAUUACACAAUAAGCAAUUAUGCGUUUGGUGAAAAAGUUGGCUGAUAAGCCUGAGAAGCCGAAAAAUGAGGUUACCCAAACGGCCUCAUAAUGAAUAAACUGUCGAUAUAUACAAUAAUAACUAAAAACAGACUUUAAUUUUUCUGUUUGGAAAGAGUGGAUGAUUUUACUUGCAAAUCCACAUCCAAAAACUACAAAAACCACCACCAUGAAUUCAUAGAAAACAGAGGAUUUGUCAAAAGUAGAGGAAGAAGGAAGAAGAAGAACAGUGGUCGGCGGUGGAGUUGCAGAGGCGCCGUUGUCUCAUCAAUGUUUCAGCGGCGAUUCUGUAAUAUUCUUCCAGCAACUCCGCCAUUUUUGUCACCCUUAUCAUCUUUUCUAGCUACUCCAAUAUAACCAGAAGCAAAGCGGUGAAGAAUAUGAUCGGAGGAUCCCAAUUCCCAACUUCUAUAUGAUCAAGUUCUAUCUAUCUGUAUAAGAAACCUUUAAUUUGAUGGGAAUUCGAGAUUUGUCUCAUCUGGGAUGCUACUUAAUUGACUUCAACCUGCUUUAUUUAUAAGGGAUCUAGAUAUUGUUUGACA